AUGGCGCCAGAACCCACCGGCCAACAUCACAUCUACACCGGCCGCAUAAUCCACAGCAAAACCCCCACGGAACUCCAAAUCCUCCAACACGGCUCCAUCGGCGUCCUCUCCGACGGCACCAUAGCAUUCCUCCACGACCAGGCCAUCUCUCCUGACGACCUUAGAACAAAAUACGCCAACGUAGGCUUCUCCCACGCCUCCAUAACAAUCCUCCCACGCCCCCAAUUCCUCUUCCCAGGUUUAAUAGACACCCAUCUCCACGCCCCACAAUGGCCGAACCUAGCCCUAGGAAUGGAUUCGACGCUCAAGGACUGGAUAGAAACCUAUACCGAUCCGAUGGAAGCCUCGUACCAUGACACGGAGAAAGCUAAGCGGGUAUAUCGCGAUGUAGUGAAGACGACGUUGAGACUAGGUAGUACGACGGUGGCGUAUAACACUACUAUGCAUGUUGCCGCUACUAACAUCCUGACUGAUUGUGUGUUGAGGGAGGGACAGAGAGCGAUAGUGGGGAAAAUGUGCGUGACUACUGGGUCGACAAACGAGAAUUGGGAGGCAUCUACGCGGGAGUCGUUGAAGGGGUCCGAGGAGUGUGUGCGGUAUGUUCGGAAGAUGGAUCCGGAGGGGAGGUUGGUGAGGCCUUGUGUUCAACCGAGAGGUGGACCGUAUUGUCCCCCUGAUCUGAUGAGAGGGUUGGGAGAGCAGGUGGGGAGGUGGGAGGGGUGUCAUGUGGAGGCGCAUAUGUGUGAGACGGAGGCGGAUAUAGAGCGAACGCUGGAGCUACAUAAGGGUUUUGCUUGCUACAGCGACAUGUACCGCGCCCAUGGCCUUCUAGCAAACCGCACCAUCCUAGCCCACUGCAUCCACCUCCAACCAAAGGACAUCCAGAACAUCGUCGAGACGAAGGCGGGGAUAGCCCACAACCCAAAUAGCAACACCUGUCUCCGCGACGGCAUCUGUCACGUCCGCGACCUCCUGGACUCUGGGAUCAAAGUCGGUCUGGGCACGGAUUGCUCGGCGGGGUACAUGCCGAGUAUCCACUCGGCGAUGCGGUCGGCGUCGGAUGUGUCGCGGCAUCUCGCUAUGCGGACGGGGGAGGAGAGGUAUGUGCUCAAGUUUGAGGAGUUGGUUUAUCUGGCUACGAUGGGAGGGGCGAAUGUUUUGGAUAUGGAGGAGGAGGUGGGGGGGUUUGGGGUGGGGAAGAGAUUUGAUGCGUUGGUUGUUGAUGUGAGGGAUGUGGUUGGGGUGGACGAGUCUUUGUGGGAGGGGGAGGCGGAAGGGGAUGCGGAGGCGUUGGUGAGGAAGUGGGUGUUUUGUGGGGAUGAUGGGAGUAUUAGGAAGGUGUUUGUGGAUGGGAAGGUGGUUGCGGGACAGGAUGUUGCCUAG